AUGGAGGAAGACUGGAAUGCGGAGAUAGGGGAUGAGGCGUUACUCACAUCCCUUGAGAAGGUUAGCUUGCUUGAGAGACCAAAUGACACCUCGCCUGUCUUUAAUUCAAGUGUGGACUCAUUUGGUACUGAUGAAUUUGUGAACUCACAGCAUCAGCCAGUGAGUAGUUUUGAUAAAGGAAGAAAUUUUGCAGCCAAAGGUUUUCAAGAAGGAAAUGAAGAAGAUGCCAUUCCACAAAACACAGGGUUUAAAGGAUUUGGACAAGGUUUUCAAGAACGCAAUGCUGUAGAUGGUGCUAGUACACAAAACAGAGGGUUUGAAGGAUUUCAUGGUGGCUUUGGACAAGGUGACAGUGGUAGAGGUAGGCAAAGGGACAUACCUCAGUCUGGAACUCGUGAUUCUAGAGAAAGAGGAAUACACACAGAUGAUGCGGGUCCAAAGGUGACUUAUGUGCCCCCUUCUCCACCUGAUGAUGAACAAGGCAUCUUUGCACAUUACCAGACAGGAAUGAAUUUUGACAAGUAUGAUGAAAACGUUGUUGAAGUGUCAGGACUGGACCCUCCAGCAGCAUUAAUGAGUUUUGCAGACACUAACAUGUGUCAUACUUUAACUGUGAACAUUGCUAAAGCUGGGUACUCUAAACCUACUCCAGUGCAGAAGUACAGCAUUCCUAUUAUACUGGCGGGACGGGAUUUAAUGGCAUGUGCCCAGACAGGAUCAGGAAAAACUGCAGCAUUUCUUGUACCAGUUGUGGCCCAAAUGAUGAGGGAUGGUGUAACUGCCAGUAGCUUUAAAGAGCAGCAAGAACCGGAAUGUAUUAUUACUGCUCCAACUAGAGAACUGAUAGUUCAGAUCUUCCGAGAAGCAAGAAAAUUCGUGUAUGGAACUUGUAUAAGGCCUGUUGUGGUCUAUGGAGGUACACAAACAGACUAUUCGAUUCGUCAGGUAAAGCAAGGCUGUAAUAUACUGUGUGCCACUCCAGGAAGGCUUCUAGACAUCAUUGGAAGAGGAAAGAUUGGUUUGCAUAAUGUGAAAUAUUUGGUGCUAGAUGAAGCAGACCGCAUGCUUGAUAUGGGUUUUGGUGCAGAUAUGAAGAAGUUGGUAUCUUUCCCAGACAUGCCGCAAAAAGAGAAACGCCAAACACUAAUGUUUAGUGCCACUUUCCCUGAAGAAGUUCAGAGGCUAGCUUGUGAAUUUUUGAAAACUGAUUUUUUAUUUGUUGUUGUUGGACGUGCGGGUGGAGCGUGCAGUGAUGUUCAGCAAAAUAUUCUUCAAGUUUCUCGGUAUUUCAAGAGGGAUAAACUGAUAGAAAUUCUACACAGCAUAGGUAAUGAACGAGCUCUGGUCUUUGUGGACACAAAGAAAAAAGCAGACUUCAUUGCAUGCUUUCUUUGUCAAGAAAAUAUACCAGCCACUAGUAUCCAUGGAGAUAGAGAACAGAGAGAAAGAGAAAUAGCACUUUGGGAUUUUCGUUCUGGAAAAUGUCCAGUUCUUGUGGCAACCUCAGUGGCAGCAAGAGGUCUGGACAUUGAAAAUGUUCAGCAUGUCAUUAAUUUUGAUCUUCCUUCCACCAUUGAAGAGUAUGUACACCGAAUUGGGCGAACUGGUCGUUGUGGAAAUACAGGGAAAGCGGUUAGCUUCUUUGAUAACAAUUCAGAUGGUCAUCUUGCACAACCUCUAAUUAAAGUGCUUUCAGAUGCUCAGCAGGAAGUUCCUGUUUGGUUGACAGAAGUUGCUUUUGAGACUGAAGGAGGGCGACUCCCAGUUAAUACCCAAAAGAAUUACAGAGGCAGAGGCAACAUGAAUGCAAGAGAAGUAAAGAUGGACUGUUCUGCAAGAGAAGUUGAGUCAUGGGAUUAA